AUGACUGUAACAUAUUCGUUAGACGUAGCUUCAUCAUCCUUUUUCUGCUUGUACAAGCUUCUUUUCCGCUGGAAGGUAAUUGGUUUUUUUUUUUUGAAUGAUUCAGCUUGGCCUGUCUGCGCUCUCCAUUAACCAUGCACUAUUUUUAUUCAAAUCGUGUCAGGACCCUUUUCGAUAAUUCAAGCCCGUCAUUUCUCAGCUUUUUAAAGAAAUAAGAAAAAAAUGAAAAAAAAAUGAAUGAAUAACUUCUGAGUACGGAUCUUGUACUCCAUCUCUACCGUAUAGUUAAAAUUAAAAAAAAAACUAUAGUGAUAAAAUUUGCAAAAAAAUUAAUAAUCUUAAGGGUUCGAUAUGGAAAUCGAUCUACACGGAGCUCUUGCUUUGGUGUGUCUUGUAUGGGAUUUUGAGCGUCAUUUACAGGCUUUUCCUCAGUAAACCUCAUCGCGAGUAAGUUUUCCUCUAGUUUAUCCAGUAAAAACCGAGAUUUUCAGAAUCUUUGAAGAUAUCUGUGUAUUUUUCGACACCUACUCGGGCUUUAUUCCGAUCACAUUCAUGUUGGGUUUCUACGUGACGGCGGUUUUCAAUCGUUGGUGGCAAAUUUUCGAGAACAUUGGAUGGAUCGAUACGUCAGUUACUUUUCUGGAACAAAACAUGGAAAAAAAUCCAUUCGACUUCAAAGUACCCACGGUCUGAAGUUUACAGAAAAGUAUAAAUUUUUAUAAAAAUUCUCAAAACUCGUCGAGGAUGAAAAAUUCCUCCAAAUCAUACCUCAACUGUUUUUUUGUGUUCAAUGGCAAACAUUGAAAAGAUAUUCAAAUAAUCCUACAUAGGCAAAGUCAGAAGGACCCUUUACAAGCCCUUUGAGGAUGUGUUAUGAAUCAAAAAUUUUCCAUUACUUGUUCCUAAACGGGUGGCAACGGUUUACUUUUUACUGCCUUUUUCUGUCCUUUCAUCGGCCUUUAUCCACCCUUUUUGGACCCUUUUGAGAAACGAAAAGUUUUUAAAUUGAGAAUAAACUUUACCAGGGACUUUGUAUGAACCAAAAUGUGCUACAGUAAUAAAAUCGGGAAAUCAUCAAUGGCCGAGACUUUUCAGAAUCCUUUUUGCACCUUCACCUCUCUUCACCCUUUGUUAAGGCUUUUCAGCCCUUCAAGAAAGAAAGGCUCAAUAAAGGCCGCAAAACGGAACCCUUUUAGCGGCCAUUUUGCAGUCACACUCGUUUUCCGCACUUCCCACUUUGACAUUGCUAAUUGAAAAACGCUCAAAGUAUCUCCCAAUCUGUUUUCAGGAAAAUUAUUUGCUUCUAAAUUUUAAGUUUGAGUCGGUAAAGGUAGUCGUAGAGGGUGAAGACGAAAAAUCUCAGAUUCGAAAGAAAAGUCCGAAAAAAGUUUAAUUGAUAUUUUUCGAGACACGUAAUUAAAAGUGACAUUGUAAAGUUAGAAGUAAUCAGGAAUUUUUUUUUGACAAACUCUUCGGUUCUGAAAUCAAUCUAAAAACUAUUUUUUCUUUAUAAGCUCAGUGGAAAAACGUACACGCCGCGGGGAAAUAAAACGUAAACGCGGCUCUUUUUUAAAAUUAAAGGCAUGAGUGCAACGCCAUGUUGCAGAUCGUCACAUUGAAUAUUUAAAAAAUUUUUUUAAUUUAUCAAAAGUUCCAGAAAAACUAGACAGCGGAGGAACGGUGUACACAAAGUUACAUACCGUAAUCUAUUUUUCACCAAAAUUUCAUGACCAAUUAUUUCAGCUUUCUGUCCUCCUUGAAAGCUUUCACAACCUUGUUUCUGUAGGAAAAAAAUUUUCGGGACAAAAAUGAUAAUUUUUUGUCAAUGGAGCAAUUUCGCGCGGGAACCCAGCUCAUUUUUGCUUGAAUCAGUUUUUAUCAAAACGUAUAGUUUAAAGUAAAGUUUUGACACAAAAGAACAUGUACAAGGUGGCAAAAUAAUUUCAAGCCUUCAGAUUUUCCAUUUUUUUUAUGGAUGAAGUUCAUUUCGAUUUUUCUACAAGUACCCUAUAGCUCACCAGCAAAUUUUGAGAAAAAUGAAAAAUUCAAGACCUUGCUUGUGGAUCGCGCAGUACAUCAACGGGACGUCGGAACGGGCCCGGAUGAUUCGCCGAAACUGCAUCCGCUACUGCAUUUUGACGCAGGCGAUGGUGUUUCGGGACGUCGCCGCCAGCGUCCGAAAACGUUUCCCAACCUUUAAUCAUCUCGUUACGGCAGGUAAGAACUCAAUUAUGAUGAAUUAAGAAAAGCUUCAAAGCAAUCAGAUUUUCAUUCGGUGGUUGGAAAUGUCUUUGAAAUUAGCCAGAUCAAUCCGGAAAGCCUCAAUUUACAACUUCUAGUUUUCGAUAGCUGAGAGCUCAAAGUAUGAAUUUUUCGAAUUUUGAAUGCCCCUAACUUCUUUCACAGACCCCAUGGGCAAGUUUCGAGGACAGAUUUGGAAUCAGUGUUAAAAAUUACAUCUGAUGAACAUGGUCUCUUCCAGAAGUCCCCCUGUAAGCUGAGACCGUUCCCACAGUGGGAACGGACAUUUUUAGACGGACUUGGAUGGUUUUUCCAAAUCUCGAGUCCCGAAAAGUAGGAAGUUAUCAAAGUUGAGGCAUUCAGAAUUUUCAUCUGGUAUAUCAAGCUCUAAUCUGUUAAAAAUUUAUGAAUCCUCGACCCCAAAGUAAAAUAACCUUCCUUCCUAAUUUCUUAACCCUCUUUUAUUGAUUGAUUUGCCUAUCGUUUACUGUAAUUUCCAUUAAUGUAAUAAACUGUGAAUAUUAAGGUUUAAUGACGGAGAACGAGAUGAAGGAGUUCGACUCGAUCAAGAGUCCUCACGCCAAGUACUGGCAGCCGAUGCAUUGGCUCUUCUCCUUGGUCAAGUUGGCCAAGGACGAGGGCAUGAUCAGCAGCGACUACAUCUACAUCGACCUCAUGGAGGUUGAGUAUCCUUUUUAGAGUUUUAAUGACAAGUCAUUGCUCAAACUCCGCCCCUUAUGCGUAGAUCAAACCAAUCAGAGAGUGAGCCAACCACAGAGCGUUCUUGGGGGCGGAGUUUGCUGUUUGACAUCCAAAAUCUGAACAGACUAUAAUCCAUAAUUCAGUAGAUAUGGGCCUUUUUGGUAGAAAGCAUUCAGUCAACACUUCUGCCAAUUUUGAAGUAUACCGGCUACCCGGCUUUUGUUAAAUCUUCCAAGAACACUUUCCAAGUACCUACUGAUCACCUUCUAAAGACAUUUUAAGCUUCCAAUUACCUUCCAAACUACUUCCGGUUACCUUCCCAAUAAUUCCGCGGAUUCCUCUGAAACACUACUAAAGUUCCCCAUUCAGAAGCUCCGUCAAUUCCGUGUCAAUAUUCUCAGUUUGACACUCUACGACUGGGUGCCAGUUCCUCUCGUCUACACCCAAGUCGUUCAUCUCGGAGUUCGGAGUUACUUUGCCAUCGCUCUUCUCGGCCGACAGUAUUUGAACCCGACCAGAGACCUCGGCGUCCAUAAAACAGUAAGUCUAGAAACUUCAACUCUUGUUGGAAGCUGGUUUUCAGAUCGACCUCUACAUCCCGAUAAUGUCCAUUUUACAAAUGAUCUUCUUCGUUGGAUGGAUGAAGGUAAUAACUGAUUAUUUAUGCCGUAAAACCUUAGUAAACUCAUUUUUUCACGCUGAUUUCAAAAAUAUUCUCGAAAGUCCCCGCGAAAGUCUUUGAACAAAGUUAUGGCCACUCGAGUUUUGAAAAAAAGUAGCCAUCAAACCAAUAUACGCAUUGAUUCUUUCGGAACGUAAGCUCUUUUAAAAAAUCCCAUCUUGGCUCUAUUUUUGUUUAUAUAAGUUCUAUUCAACUUUCGAAAUGUAUUUGACAAUGUUACGAGCUCUCAAAAUCAAAAAAAAAAAACGAGCCAAAACGGCCAAGGCUCUCUCGUUGUCUUUUGACGGUGACACAAUUUGAAAAAUCCAACUUUUGCACGAAUAUUUCGAAAAAACAGAAUAUGAGGUUUUUCUCGAUCACUGAGGCCUGUUCUAUCUAUUGGAUAUAGAAAAAUGAUCUGAAUUGAAAAGAGUGAUUUUUUUUUUUCAAAUUUCAGCUUCCUUAACUUUACACAGAUCUUCUCGGCAAUUCAGAAAAAAUAUAUUCCGAACCAGAGUAAAAACUGCAUUUAGUAGUAUUAUUCUAAGGCCCCAUUACUUGAAUUCCUGAUUAGACUCCCGCACUGAACCUUUUCCCGAAAAUUCAGGUCGCCGAAGUGCUUUUGAACCCGUUGGGAGAAGACGACGAUGAUUUCGAGUGUAAUUGGGUUCUCGACAGAAACCUUCAAGUAUCCUCAAAAUCCAAAGCUUUUUUUAAAAAUAUUUUUCUGUUCAGGUCGGUCUGAUGGUGGUGGACACCGCGUACAGCAAGUAUCCGAACCUGGAAAAAGACACUUUCUGGGAAGAUUUGCUUCCGGAGCCGCUAUACACGGCAGAAAGUGCGAUGCGACCUCUCAAUCCGCAAGUUGGAAGCUGUGCCGAUAUGUUAGAAACAUGAUCAUUGUUUCUGGACUGGUGGUUGAGGUUUUCAGGCCAACUGAAGAGGAGAACUUCAUGUUGCGUCCACGGCGACGUACGAUUUCUCGAUCGUCGCGGUGGGACGAAAACGUCGAAGAUGCCGACGUCGUGCCGGUUUACAACCUUCGGAAACUCAAGGAUGGAAGGUAAUGGUCCUUAGAAACUUUAAGAAAAAAAAAUGUUAGAGUUAAAAGUAACUUGUCUAGAAAAUUUGGAAUUUUUGAGAUACAGUACUCAGGUAAAAGUUGGGAAGCUUCUGCUUUCGGUUCCUCGGAAGGCGUUUGGAAGCUUUCUAGAAAGUUUUCUAACGCCAUCCACGUGGCUUCCCAUCACCUUCUACUUAGAAAAAAGUCUGACGGAAGCCUUCCAGAAGAAUUCAGCAGGCUUCUGGAAUGCUUCUGGCAGGCGUUUUCCAUUUCCCCUUUCCAAAUACCUUCCAACUAGGACCUUCUAGCUUCCAUACACCUGUCAACCACCUGCUGGUUUCCUUCCCAACACCUUCCCAGGAUUCGCUUGAGAUAAAAGUCUCUCCAAGUUAUUGAAAACAAGCCUCAAAAACCUUCAACUUUAAAACUUAUUGAUCUCUGUGAAAAGCUUACUUAUAUUUUGUUUGAAGCUCAUUCCAUCUUUGGUCAAUUUUCUGAACUUUUUUUUUCCGGAAAAUAAGAUGUCGAGAUUUUCAGAGAAGUCAAGAGUCAAAAAAUCCAAAAAUCAAAGAUUCAACCGAACCAGGAAAACUUCAACUCACACUCAAAUAGCCACUCCAGGCAUUAUUUUCCAGCAACUAUGCUUCCGGAGAGUCACUCGCCUUCUCGCAGACCUUCCAAAACGGGCAACGUCGUCUGAGCGAAAUGUUCAAGCGAAUGAGGACAGGCAGCCGGAUCGGUUUGACUAAACUUUCUGUCAUCAAAAACUCAGCCGAUUCAGGCGAUCACCAACGACGACCCAAGUACUCGUUGGACGCGGCGUUCAACGAGGAAGGCCUGCCGCCGCCGAACCACCUUUCCUCGGCCAAAAGCAGUUCGAACUCGUUGAAUCGCUUCGGUGAGACGUUCCACAAUCGUGUCGAUUCGGCGCCGGAGCCAGAAGCUGCGGAUCCGCCUCGGUUGUGGCAUUCGAUGCCGCAGACGUCGUUAGAAGAGCUGAUGCGACAGAGAAACGUGCAAGGUUCUCGGAAGAACGAAGGAAAUUCUAGUGUUCUGAGAUUUCAGGUCCAUUGAAAUACCAUGCCGAUGGGAUGAAGGAGCGCAGAGAAUCUACCGACAGCAAACACGAACGAGAUCAGAGCCCAGUGAGUCUUAUUGUGCAUCAAAAUGGGUGUUCUGAAAUAGUUCUCAGGCAAAUUUCUGCAACCUCCUAAAGCUUAUGAUGUCCUUUGCUUUGAAUGAUAUAUUUGAAACUUUGCAGCAUCCACCGAACAGUCCAAUCUGGCAGGAAUCACUGCCGGUCAUCGAAGAAGAGGAUCCUGAGAAACGUCGCAAUCUCACAGACACAGGUUCAUAAAAAUUCCAGGAAUUAAAUCUGGAUUCCUUGCAGAAUCGCUGAAGAGCCACAGCGUGAAGUCGUCGACGGCUUCGACGCCAGGCGGGAUUCCCAGACGACAAUCGACGAAGGAAGAAGAGACGACGACGCCGCGGAAGAACACGCCGGACCGGCCUCGGAAGUGGUCGAUGCAACGACAGUCGAGCCAACAACGACGAGACGACUCUUCGGACAGCUCUUCGGAAAUGGAGAGCCGUCAGAAGAAGCCCAGCAACCGGAAACCCUCCUCACAACACUGA